AUGAAAGAGUAAUAUAUAAUAUAACUAUUAAUAUUUGAAAGUUAAUUGGAUUUUGAAGAAAUGGAAGCAUGGCUUGCAGAAGUGGAAUAAGUAGAUGAGAAAAUAAAGAAGUUGUAAAGUAAAUAGUUAGAGAAUAAAUUAGAAAUAAAAUAAGGCAAAUCUAAAAAGAAGAUGAUGAAGAAAUAAUAAAGAUAAGAAUAAAACGAUUAGAAUACGAGAAAAAAAAGAAGAUGCUAGUAUAUAAAAUAAUUAAUUUAAAAGAGGAGGAAGAAGAAAAAAGAUAGAAUAAAGAUCAUGUUAGUUUUUGUAAAUAUUGUUAUUUAGAAUAUGCCAAAUUAACAGAUAAAUGUUAAUGUUUUAAAAGAGAGAUGAUAUAAUUAAUUAUUAGAAAAAGUAGAAAAGUAUAAAGAAGAUAAGAAUAUAAAGUAACAAAAGAAAAAGAAAUUUGAAUUAAAGGAGAAGAUAGAAAAAAUAUUAUGGAAAAAGAGUACAUUUACUCAUAGAAAAUGGAAAUAUUAUAAUAGUUUAGAAGAAGAGAUAGAAUCUUAACCAAUAGUACUUAAAGAUGAUCCAAUCUUUUAAGACUUUAGAAUUAGAUAUGGAAUAAAGAAAGAAAAAGAAUUCAUUUCCUUUUUUCUAUAUUUAAUUUUUCUGCUUUUUUCAUAUCUUCUUCCUUCCAUAUUAAAAUAAAGAAGAUUAUGAUAAAGCAGAAUGGAAAUAUUCUUAAGCAUUAGAAUUAGUUAAAAAAUAAUAAGAUUUUAUGGUUAAAUAGAGCUAUAUCAAAUCUAAUAAAAAUAAAAAAGCUAUUAAUGAUUGUCAAGUUUGUAGUUUUAUUAUUAUUAUUCAAAUAUAACUGCAUAGAUUUUAUAAGUUUAUUAAGAUAAAAGUUUGUUAUAUUAAGAAUAAUUUCUUACAUAAUAUAAUGGAAUAGAAGUUAUAUUAAGAGAAAUGUAAAUAGUUAUUAUAAAAAGUGGAAAAUAAAUUAUAAUCUGCAAUUUAUAAUUAAAUGUCAGAUUAUUUAGAUGUUUUAAAUGCAAUGGAUCAAGAUAAACCAAGAUAGUACGAUAAAAGUUAUGCUUUCAAAAUGAGAGUAAUUGCAUAAGAUAGUAUCAUAGAGUUGUUAUAAGUAAAAUGUAGAUUGCUGGUAAGUUAGAAAUAAUUAUCAUAAUGAGAAUAAGGAAAUCAAGUUUAAUAUAUCAAUUUAUUAAAUAAAAGGAUUUCAUCUAAUUGGUAACUAUAAAUAACUAAUUUACUUUAAUUUCAUUAUUAUUCUAAUAAUCUUAUCAAAGGAGAG